AUGACUCAAGAUUCCAUCUCGGUGGCUUUUGUUUGUCUAGGAAAUAUCUGUCGCUCUCCUAUGGCUGAAGCUGUUUUUGCACACACUGUCAAACAGAGCGGUUUACAGGACAGAUUGUCAAAGAUUGAUUCUUUCGGAACCGGUGGAUGGCAUAAGGGAGAAUCUCCAGAUCCGCGCUCAGCAGCUACAUGUCGCAAACAUGGUGUCCCUGUGAAUCAUCGUGCUCAACAGAUUCGGGGCCACCAUUUUGAUGACUUUGACUACAUCAUUUGCAUGGACGAAAUGAACCUAAGAAACCUGAAAAGAAUGAAACCCAGCGACUCUAAAGCCAAACUUUACAUGUUUGGGCACUGGAAUACCGAUGGAAAGUAUAGAGAUAUUGUCGACGAUCCCUACUACGGUGGAGACGACGGUUUUGAGUACAACUUCCAGCAAAUUCAGUAUUUUAGUGAACAGUUUUUGAAGCAAGAAUUGUGA